AUGUCGUCACGCGAUAAUGAUGAGGCCGGGCAGCCUCCGUCCAAGCCGAUCUCCUUAUCCCUCUCGAAAUCAAAUGGUCUUCCCAAAAAGACCGGUUUUAACAUUCAAUCUUCAAAUCGCGGACGUCCUACUGGCUCCCCAGCCAGCGGCCGGUCUCUUCCUCGACGUCCUCACCAGCUCGGAAACGAUGAUGACUCCGACGAAGACGAAGUCCCUCCAGUCCACGAAGAAGUCUCGGGUUUCGACACCCACACCGGUGGCGCUAUCACCAUGGACGGACAGGCAGUCGAUGAUGCCAAGAAACCUCUAAUAAUUCCGGUCACAAGCAAGAACAAUUGGCGCGACCGCGCAGGUCUCAACGUGAAGAAGGGGAAGAAGAACUUGCUUCCCCGUGAAGUACAAGCUAUGCAAGAAGCCGAAAGGAAUGGACAAGCACCUGGUGGAGAGCCCACAGUGGAGACAGAUGCGCCGAGUAUGGCAUUCGGCUUGAGCUUCGCGCAGGAGUCUGCAGCUCAAGAGAUUGCUGAAUCAACGAACGAAGACCAGUCCAUGCCCGAUGCGGCUCCUGUGGAGACCACACCUCUCACCGAUGACCAGAUUGCUAUGCAGGCGCUAAUUCGCGAAAGCAAGGGCGAAGUCGAGCGAAGGUCGGAUCUUGUUAUCCAGGCCGCCGCCAAGGACGAAGCGGAGGACGAGGAAGCCCCGGUCCACCACUCCGAAACUAGCUCUUUCCGUACAGAUGUGGCAACGCGGCCGGAAUCUGCUACUCUAGACGCCUACAAUGCGAUUCCUGUUGAAGAAUUCGGUGCCGCCUUGCUACGGGGAAUGGGCUGGAAGGAUGGUCAGUCUAUCGGACGAGGCGACUAUAGCAGUGCAACUGCUGCAGAGAAGGCCAACAAGCCUCGUAUCCCAGAACGACGACCUGGGUUCCUCGGUAUUGGCGCGAAAGACUCUUCCGGCGGCAAAGGUGCUGAAACCGAGCUCGGUGCCUGGGGAAAAUCGGCUAUGCGCAAGGCCUCCAGGAAGCAGGGUGAAGGUGACGACAAGGUUGAGGGUGUUUACAUGCCCGUCACGAUGCGGAACAAGAAGACCGGCGAACGCCUCACCGAGGAGGAACUUGCUGCAAAGAAAAAAGAGGCUGAGUCUAAGCCCGCUCAGGAGGACGACUGGCGCGAGCGAAGAGAUCGCAAUCUCGAGAAGAGCGGCCGAGACAAAGACCGGGAAUACCGCAAACGCGAUUACGAUGACGAGGAGGAUCGUUCUCGUCGAAAGACUGGUUCUUCGCGUCGUGACCGCAGUCGGUCUAGCGGCCGACACUCUUCUAGUCGCUCUUCUCGAUACGAUGAUGCCGAUAAGAGCAGACGAGAUGACCGUUCCUAUCGUGAUCGAGACUAUGAUCGGGAUCGUCGUCGGGAUCGUGAUGAUGACAAGGAUCGAAGGAGAGAUGGGGAUCGGGAGCGUGAUAGGGAUCGCAGUUAUCGGUCCCGAGAUGACAGAUACAGCAGUUCCAGGCACUCGUCUCAAUCGUCCCGAAACGACCGAGACCGAGAGCGUGAUCGUGACUCACGCCGAAGCCGACGAGACGAUUAG